AUGUUACUGUCAAAAAGGGGUGUUAAUAUUUUAUUUAUUUGUACUUUUGUACUACUACUACUUUAUGUUACAGUAGUAACUUCGAUAACAUCAUUGUUGACUGCGCAGGUAUAUGUAUUACCAGCUGAUAUUUAUGGCGCACCUGCAUUCGAUGGUCAGAAUUGUUAUUCGACCUAUAAGGCUCAGACAUUUGGAUCGGUUGCACCCAUGUCGGUCAUGUCAGAUGUCGUCUCUAGCUCGGGUGCACAGUCGUGCAGGGCUGUAGGAUCGGUCGGAGUUCAGUGUGACGUUGACCUUUUAUUCAUGUAUCCUCCAGCUGACGGUCCACAAGAUUACACAGUCACCUUUGCAUCGGGUGUUGGAGGUGACACUCCUUUUGACUUGACUGUCACUUUAGAUUGUGCUUUACCACAAUACCAACAACCAACAUUAUUAAGUGCCUAUUCAAAUCUAACAUCGAUUAUUGUUAGUUUUAAAGGUGAUAGGUAUAGUCGGACAUUGAAAGGACAGAAUACCAACUUGACACCGUACCAACUGUCGAUGAACCAACCCAAUUGCUACGUGUUUUCGAUUGGACCCAAUGUGACCAAGGGAUCGACGCGAUUCGAUACACAUACUUAUACUUUUGUGGUGUCAGCAUUGAUCGAUGCCAGCAAGGCGGGUUUGUGCGAUUACACAGUACCGGUAGUUGUGACAGUGUGGAAUCUGUUUGCUCCGACAACCGUCAGAACCACCUUUACUCUACCUACCCUGCCAUCAGCAGUGUCUACGACAUCGACGUUUGUAGCAGGCCAAGACUACACACGUGUAAUGGUGAGACAAGAGCCAAAAGCAUUCAACGGGUUUGUAACACACACAACAUCACUCGUGACGGUACGUGGAGGAGUCAACGUCAACGGAUCACAAAUGUUGGUAUGUACCAUACCGUCGGGUAUCGAACCGUAUCCAGUUGACGCGUUUAAAGUAUUGUCGUUCCCAGUGCUUGGGAAUCCUGUCAAGUUGUCAACCACGUAUCUUCAAGUCGACCCAAUCACCCAGUCUCUGUCGGCUGGUGCCAGUCCCCUCAUUUUUGUCAACGCUCAUACAUCGACUAACCAAAGUGACAUUUCAGCCACCAUUGUCAAGACCACCAACACACUCCAAGUAGGAUCUAUAAUCCCCGGGCAAGGAUCGACAGCCGACCCAUUAUUACUCCAACUUACAUUCUACAUAUCUUCACUCGUACCCGUCCCAAUCUACUUUACAUCAAACUUUGCAUCACGAUUCUCAUACGCCGUUGCGCCACCCGUCCCCUACGGUAUCACCAACGGAGACAUAUCAUUCAAUAAUUGGAACGUUCGUUUCCUACUCCCAAAAUAUUACUCUUCAUCCUCUGAAACCUUUCAACUUUCACAACUCUCUGCAACCGAUUAUAAACAACAAUUAUCAACAUUCACCCUAACUCCAACUGUUACAGUUGAAGCAAAUAAACCAUUAAUAUCAUCAACCAAUAUUAAAUUAAUAUCAAAUAAUAGAAUUUGGAUUAGUGUAGAAGCAUCGGAUGAAGAGUCGGGAGUAUUGGGAAUUACAUGUGGAUUUGUUAUUGUUCAAUCCAACCCGAUUGCAGCAGUUGUACUUGAUGAAUCAAAUUUGGUAUCUGGUAGUAUUUACAAUGGUGUAUGGCAAGGAUACUUGGAUCUAGAUGGUAAAUACAAAGAUUUUGUAUUGUCUAGUUUCAAGUGUGUAGCUGUUGAUCAAGCACUCAACCAAGGACUAUUUGCAGUAGGUACCUUUUUGCCAUCCGCCACUGGUUCAUUCAACCGAUUCGCAUUGCCACCACUCGAUAUGUUGUGGUUGGCAGAGGAUUUCACCUACUUUCAAUUUAAAUAUUCGUCGGUGGAUGUCACCAAUGUAGAGGUAAAGAAUACACUUUGGUUCAAGGUGGUAGAGAAACCCGGUAUUCAACUAAGCCAAGUUCGUCCAGUUUUAUCAAUCAAAUCAUUUAGAACGGCACGAUCUUCACAAGAACUAUCGUUUGAAGGGUUGUGGAAUCCAGACCUCCAACUAUUCCAAAUCGAUUUCAUUGUCCCCAUGAAUAUCUAUCAAGGUUAUUUAAAGUAUACAAUUAAAAGUUUCCCUGAUAUUCAUUUCACAAAUUUCUUAUCUCAAUUCCCUCAAAAUGCUUCUCUUUAUGUUAUUUCAAAUUACGGAGAUUUAUAUCCACCAAUGAUAACAAAUGUAUCGGUUGGAUUUACUCAAAAUGGAUUAGAUUUGGAUGUAGAAUGGUUGGUUACUAUAAAGGAUCAACCAAAUGGAUUGGAUUAUGCAGUGAUUAAUAUUACAUCGAAUAAGGAUUGGAUACCACGUACAUUUGUUUUGAGACCUGUUAAUGUGACGGUUGGAGAUGCAUAUAUUGGAACUUAUUCGAUCAAGUAUACAACUAGAUGCUUGGAUGAAAUCUAUACGAUGAGUUCGGCCAUGACAAAGGAUAGGUCGUACAAUUAUGGCAUGUCACCAACCUAUAACCUUCCCAUUGGUACACCACUCGUCGAACAACCCAAUCUCAACUAUAUCAAUCCUCUAGAAGGUAUCACAACAAACAGUCUCCGAGGUGUGUUUACUUGUACACCACCUACUGUCGUUCCACCUCUCACCACCCCUCUCAUAUCCAACUUUGUCUUGUCAGAUACUGUAUUCUAUGCAUACCGUCCGGCACUAAACUAUACCGUGUCGUUUACAGUUAAUGAUACCACUGGUAUAUCGUAUCGUCACACCCCUUACUUGUUUAUUCAGAGUUUGCACGGUGCUCAUCUUCAAAUACCAACCAUCAUGUCAACUAGUUCGAGCAAGACUAUAGCAUACUACUCUGCCACCUUUAACAUCCCAUUUGGAUUUGGACAUUCGAUGGAUGCGACAUCUAGCUAUCCAUUUGCAGUGUCUGUGUUUGGUGCAACCAAUGUCAUGAUGCGAUCAGGAUCGUAUAUCCAAUCUGAAUUGGUUCCACGUGAUACUACCCUCCCACAACCAUUGGUUACCUCAUACUACCCUUCAAUUGUAUACAAUAACGGUGGAUUCAAUCUAACACUUCAUCUAAAGACAUUGGGAGCAGGGAUAAUUGUUGGUAAUUGUCUGGUUGGUAGUCAAACAUUGGUUCAUUCAGCAGUGACAGCGUCGACUGUUACUUUCACCUUGGCCAACGGACCGACAGUAACACUACCCCUCCCACCAACCAUCACAUGCUUUGCAGCUGUGAAUGGCAUCUUGUCCAACAAGGUUGUCAUCCCCACCGUUGCACCUGUCUAUACUCCACCUUCUACAGGUGGCGGAGGCAGCGAUCCAGGCAAUGGAAAUGGGAAUGGUACCAACCAACACGCAUGCUAUCAAUCGGGAUGCUCGAAUAACGGUAAUUGUACAAACAAUGGAUGUGUAUGCAACCUUGGCUUCUCGGGAACACUGUGUGACAAGGUGGUGAUCAAGGUACCAACCAACGUAUCAGAGACAUCACCCGAAACAACCAGUCAAGAGGACAAAAAGCUCAAGAGUAUCAUCUCGAUUGUAGGUGUCAGAGAACUCGGUCUCGACGGCACCAUCAUUCACAACUACCAAUUCACAGACGGGUGGAACUGGACUUGGACCAAUCAAUCAGCAUCAAACUCUACUGGUGCACCACCAGCCAUGUACAAUACAUUUAGUGGUGACUCUAAGAUCAACCAGUACACUACAGUCAUUACACCAGAUCGAAAGACCAAGUUAUCCAUCGUCAUUGAACAAUUUAAUGAUUUGGGAGUAGUUGGAUUUGCCAAUCAGAAUCUUACCAUGCAACCUGGUACUGUCAAAUAUUUUAUUGCAAUGGAUACUUAUCAAUUUGAAAAUGCAUUAAAUACUCUUCAAUUGAUUCUAUCAAUCAAUGUAGAGUCACUUGGCGGUGACAACGAAUGUGGUACAUCGAUCGACUUUGGAUCAGACUCGUCUAGCAAUCCAACUGACAAGAACUCUUUAAAUUGGAUUAAAUUCAAGAUUGAAGAUCGUGUUUUAUAUGGUCGGUUUAUCAAUACUGGUAUUGUUGAUUAUCGUAUCGUUAGAGUAUCCAAUUCACUAUUAGAAAAUGAUAAUAAGAGUAGUACUAGUACUCUUGUAGCUUUAAAUAUUCCAAAUUAUUCAAAUCAAAUUUAUUUAGAUCCUGAUUUCUCUUAUUUAAUUGAUGCAAAAGAUGAGUGUAGUUCAUCUAGUGGAUUGACUACUGCACAUAUUAUUGGUAUUGCAAUUGGUGGUGCUGCAGUACUCCUCAUUGCCACAUUGGCAGUUUUAUCGAGAGAUAGAGAUAAUGAAAUGAAAGAAGAUAUAGCAUCAUUCUUGCUAUCGAAAGGAUACUAUCUUACAGCAUUAGAGUUUUAUCAGGAACUAUUAGAAGAUGAUGGAACAGAGAUUGAAUCGUUAAAGAAUUACUUUCAAUCAAACUUUAAUACUGAUAAUCAACAAGAUCCAAUUAGAAUAGUUAGAGAUCGAAAGAAAACAGGUCAAUCAUCAAUCAAUGAUAAACCAAAAGAUGAAAAGAUAUCAUUACUAGAAUAUGAAUUAAGACAAUCAAGAGAAGAAAUUAUUAAAUUAAAAGAUCAAUUAAAGAAACAACAACAGUAUAAUAACAGUAGUAGUAAUAAUGGGAGUAAUAAUAAUAAUGGACAACAAUCAACAUCACCAAAACAAUCAUCAAAGAAUGGUAAUAAUGGACUUAUUGACAAUAACAAUGAUCCACAUUCACAACAAUCACAACAAGCAUAUCAAAAUAUGAACAAAGAAGACAAGAGUUCAUUGGAUAGUAGAGCAAAGGAAAAGAUCAAACCACAUGAAAAGAAGAUUCUCAAUCAUCUCUUUAAGAAUUAUUUAAUUGCUAAUGGUUAUUCAUUCACCGCUGUCUCUUUUUCUGAAGAGAAUCAAGAUGAUAGUAGAUCAUGGAAUGAUUUGGGAUUGAAUCAAGCUGAACCGCCUGCAUUGUUGACGAUUUAUAGAUACUUUUUUGAAAGUGGUGAUUCGGGAGUACAGGGAGUACUGACCAAGACGAUGGGAGAGAUUACAAAGCUUAAAAAGGAGCUGACCGAGAAUGAAAACAACUGGAGAGAAUCGAAAAAGAAGGUGCAGACACUGCAAAAGGAAAAGGACGACUUGUUGACAGUACUAAAAGACUAUGAAAAGAGAAUGGAAGAUAUUAAACAACGAAAUGCAUUGGGUGCAUCGACAUCUGGUAUGACCAUGAUGUCUCCACCUUUGUCAAGUGCAACAUUGACAUCGACGACUACGACAACUGGUACAAAGAGUAUAACGAUGAGUGACUCAAAUACAAACAAAAAGAAACAACAAGAUGUGGCACGUGAACAGAGACAACAGAUGAUUGAUAAAUUGUCGGUCAUGAGAAAGACGUUUAGAGGAUUGGUCGAGAAACGACGUCAGACCGUUGCAUUUAGUAUCGUCAGCAACGACGAUGAGAGUGAUGCGUCGGUACGUAUUGCCGAAGAGGUUGAGCAACUCAAGUUGGUCGACGGCGACAAUGCCAUACGUAUGGUGUGUCUGAUAUCAGACUGGCUGCCACACAUUCUACCCGCCAUGUAUCCCAAUCGACGUGAAGAGCUCAUUCCACUGAUCCUCGUCAUCAUUUCGAACCACCCAGACGAGACGACGCGAUUCGCACUCACCAAGAUGUUGUUUAACCUCACUAAAAAGCCCGACGAGUUCCAACGACACGUCAUUAUGAAGGGAUGUAUGGCAUUGGCGUCUAUGGUCGGUCCCCUUCGUACAGAGACUGAAAUAUUAGCACAAUGCUGGGAACAACUCACUGAAAAGUAUCCAGAGCGUCGUGUGUUGGUCGCCGACAGCUGUGGAUCACUCGCACAAUUUGCCAGUGCCGAGUUGCGACUCUCGCUCAUUCUCUCGAUUCUCCAGCAACUCGGCCAGGACAAGUCGGCACUCGUCCGAUCAGCCGUCGCCAAAAACUUUGCCCUCCUCAUCAAUUUCUUUGAGACUGAUGACAAGUACAACCAAGUUGAGGAGUCGUUCAAAGCACUCCUCUACGACGACGACCAAACCGUCUCACAUGCCGCCCGUAACUUCUUUUUACCAUCUCUUGCAAAUUGGACUGAUCUCUUGGAAUCAUUAAAUACAAAAUUAAUUCAAUUCCUUUUAUCUGAAAUGUUAUCAACUGUAGUUAAAUAUUCAAAUCAAAGAGAAGAAUAUAAAAUACCAGAACAAGAUGUACUCAAGAUUGAAAACCUAUUAAAUUGUUUUAAUGAUAUCAUACCAAGAAUCCAUCAAUCUAUCAUUUCAUCAUCACCAUUUAUCAAUGAAAAGGAUGCAAAAUCAAUUGAAGGUGAAUGUGAUAAACAAGAAGCUAUUUAUCAAUAUCAAUAUAAAUCUUCUACCUCGACAUCAUCUGAUAAACCAUCUACUUCUUCAAAUAAUAAUAAUCAAGAAGCAUCUUCAUCUUCGUCUUCUUCUUCUUCGGCUACAACUCAAUCAACAAAUAAUUCAAAUCAAACAACUUCAUCAAUUAACGCAACGAUUAGAAUAUCAAUAUUGGGAUCACCAGAAGUAACCAAACUCAAUGCACAAAUGGAUCAGUAUCUAUUGACAUUGGUAUCAAAUGAUUUGUCCAUGUCUGGAUGGACAUCACUUGAAUGGAUUGCAAAUGAUUUUGUUGGCAAGUUGGUGCGUAUUCUCUACUGUAUCCCAGUAGGCAACACCAAGUUAAUCUCAAUGUUUUCUAGAUCAUUGUAUCUAUUUAGUAGUACGUUUGGACCAAUCUUUACCAAACGUAUUCUAAAAACAUCAUUUUAUAGAGAGUUUCAACGUGAUGAUCUAUCCUCAUCCAAUAAUAAUAGUAAAAGCUCUGGUGCGAUUACUGCAUCUGCCGGGUCACCCAACAUUCCAAUUAAAAAGUAUCGUCUAUUAUCAUUGUUUACAGCAGGUGUUUUACAUUCACUAGAGUCGUCUGAAUUGUCUAGUUUCCUAGUUGACCUCAUCGUACAAAUAUCAAUGGAAGAAAAGGGAUGGGAUCACUCGAGUAUUCCAGCACUUGUCAAAACUAUCGAACUACUCUGUUCCAACAAUGUCGACCGAAAGAAAGAAGUCAGUGAAGCUUUGGCUACUCUUACCGCCAAUCCAUCCAAUCAAGUUCGUUCUUGUAUUUUAAAUCUUUAUAAAGUUAUUAUUCACUUGUUUACACCACAACAAAUAUCAAAUUCAAUUAUACCAUCAUUGGUAACAAUGAGUACAGAUCCAGAUAGACCAGUUAGAUUUGUGUGUAUUGGUGCUCUUUCAAUGGCACUUUCUCAAGUGACCGACGACAAUGUACUGGAAAAGAUUGCCAUUGCAAUUGAAAGGAUUCUAGAGGAUAAACAUCACAUGUUGGAAGUUGAAUUUGUAAAAUUAAUGACUUCAAUCAUUCCAAUUGUAAAACCAAGAUUUAGAGAUUCUUUUGUAUUACCAAAAAUAAUAGAAUUUGUUAGAAAGAAUAAUCAUAAUCCAUCACAUGAUAAUAGAAAGGAAAUGUCACAACAAUUAUUUGAUUGUGUACGGUCGUUUGUAUCGACACAAGCAUUCCCAAAGGAAUUCCUACAAGAACAGAUCCUACCAACACUCAAGCUACUGUUAAACGAUGCACCUCUACACGACAGCUCCUUCAAGUCUAUGGUUCUCACGAUGAUCAGCGAGAUUGAGACCAUGAUCAAAGAAGACAUGCGAAAUCAAAUGAAACGUGCCAGUUCAAAGUCAUCGGGUAUCGAAGCUCCCAAUCUACCAAACCUUUCAAAUAUCGGUCUACCUAAAUGGGGUUGGAAAAAAGAUCCUUCCAAAUAA